GUUUAACAUCUCGUCCUCUCUAUAACAACAUACAACGCACAUUCUACGGUUAGCCGGCGGGAAGAAAAGGCCUUCUAUGUAUCUGUUCUUGGGCCCCCUGAACCCGUCAAAAGCGCGAACCCCAUUCGCGACGUGCGUAGUCUAUCAAAACAAGACAACGCGAGGGCGAGGACGAGCGGUCACCCAACCGGAAGUUUCCGAGCGCCGCCUUACCGAGCUAAGCGCGGCCGCCCAACGCCAACCGGUAAGGAUGACGCUAUCCGCGAAAAGCACGACAAGACAGCUCUCCAGACAACAACAAAAAUGCGUGCAACCUCUCUCUUCCCAGCCAGCGCAACCACCUCGUCGCUUCUUAUUCUACUCCGCCCUGCCCAAGGCUGCACACCUACCUCCCUAGUUUCGCCGUGACUAAUCCCAGGGUCCUUCAGCUCUUCGGAGUGCGCGCCCAGCAAUGGGUCCCAUAUCGUCUGCGCUCCUGCACUUCUGGCGCGCGGUAUGUAGCUUCUGGGCAUCGGAGAAGGCUGAAGAUCCGGCGUUGAGCAAGUUCGUCUUCUAUCAGAGCAUGAC